AUGCAGCAGUUUCGUUCUCCGGCAUUUACUGAAUCCCUCUCACGAAAUCUCCAAAAAUCCGAAACCUCGUAUCAAAGUCAUGCCCUUUCCACCGUUUUCUCCUUUUGCUUUGAAAUGAGGAACUCAAAGUUCAAAACUUUACUUUUCGUUUUCUGGUUUUCUCUUGAUCUUCCUUCAGCGUUUUCAUUUAAUGGGGACACCCAAAUCUUGACUCGGGUCAAGGAUUAUCAACUCGUCGACCCGGAUGGAAAUCUCCAAGACUGGGUUUUUGCGACGCCCGAUCAAAGCCCGUGUCAUUGGACCGGCAUUACCUGCGAAUCUCGGAACCAAACUGUUGUUUCGAUUGAUCUCUCUGGGUUGGGUAUCUCAGGCGGUUUCCCGUUCGGGUUUUGUCUCGUUCGGACCCUGCGUUCUCUCUCCCUUGCUAGGAAUAACCUCAACGGUUCACUUUCUUCUCGGGAUCUCUCUCCAUGUUCUCAUCUCAAGGAGAUUGAUCUCUCAGAAAACUUGUUCAUUGGAGAGGUACCGGAUUUCCCGUCAGAGAACUUGGAAGUUCUUCGGCUUUUUAACAACAACUUCACCGGCGAUAUUCCUCUUAGCUUCGCAAGGCUUCAGUCUCUCAAAGUUCUAUCACUUAGCGGGAACUUACUCAACGGUGAGAUUCCUUCAUUUUUAGCUAAUCUGACUGAGUUAACCUACUUGGAACUCGGUCACAAUCCUUUUAAAGCAAGUCAUUUGCCGAGCGAGAUCGGGAACUUGUCUAACCUCGAAGUUUUAUGGAUUACAAGCUCGAAUCUCGUCGGAGAAAUUCCAGUUUCGAUUGGAAAUCUCGUUUCGUUAAAGAACCUCGAUUUAUCGACUAACUUUUUGAGCGGCAAAAUUCCAGAAAGUUUAUCAAUGUUAAAGAAUCUGGAGAACCUUGAACUUUACCAGAAUUAUCUAACAGGUGAAUUACCGGAGAGUUUAGCUAACCUGACAGCUAUGCGUCAGUUCGACGUGUCACAAAACGGUAUAACCGGUAAUUUACCGGAGAAAGUCGCUGCAUUGUCUCUCGAGUCACUGAAUCUCAACGACAACUAUUUCACCGGAGGAAUUCCGGAUGUUUUAGCUUCCAAUCAAAAUCUUGUGCAGUUAAAGCUCUUUAACAACAGUUUCACCGGAGAGUUACCAUACAACCUCGGUAAAUUUUCUCCGUUAGAAGAUUUCGAUGUUUCAAUGAACAACUUUAUCGGGGAAUUACCGCCAUUUAUUUGUUAUAAAAAGAAGCUUCAACGCAUUGUCGUUUUAAAGAAUCAGUUCUCGGGGAACAUACCGGAAUCCUACGGCGAAUGUCACUCGUUGAAUUAUGUUCGGAUGGCUGAUAAUGCACUUUCAGGUUGCGUGCCUGAAAAAUUCUGGGGUCUCCCUUUAAUUCAGUUCCUUGAAUUGGAAAACAAUCGUUUUGAAGGUUCGAUUUCUCCUUCAAUGUCAUCCCUUCAGCAGCUAGCCUCUCUUAGGAUUUCAGGUAAUAAUUUUACCGGCAAGAUUCCCAACGAAAUUUGUGGAUUGGUGAAUUUGACACAAAUCAGAUUGAGGCAAAAUAGAUUUUCUGGUGAACUGCCGUACUGUAUCACUGAUUUGAACUUGCAAAGGCUUGAUUUGCAUGACAAUGAGUUAACAGGGAAGAUACCAAGCUCAGUAAGUUUGUGGACUCGGUUGACCGAGUUGAACUUGGCGAGAAACCGAAUCACUGGAGAAAUUCCACCUGAUCUCGGUAGCUUACCGGCUUUAACUUACCUUGAUUUGUCCGGCAAUUUACUAAGCGGCGAAAUUCCAGAGGAAUUAACGAAGCUGACGCUAAACAAAUUUAACCUUUCGUGGAAUCAGUUGAACGGUAAAGUACCUUCGGGCUUUAAUCACGAAUAUUUCAUUUCGGGUUUAUUGGGUAAUCCGGAUCUUUGUAGCCCGGAUUUGAAACCACUUCCUACGUGCCAGAAAAUCGGACCCUCCACCUCUUACGUUGCGGCUAUUCUAGCGUCCUGUUUUCUCCUCCUUGUAGGGAUGCUCGUUUGGUUUUUUAGGACCCGUUCCAAGUUCGGAACCAAAACCCGACGCCCGUAUACAGUCACCGUAUUUCAACGAGUCGGGUUUAACGAGGAGGAAAUAUUCCCGUUUCUAAAGGAUGAGAAUAUAAUUGGAAUGGGUGGUUCGGGUCGAGUUUAUAAGGUUGAACUUAAAAAGGGUCAAACCGUGGCAGUGAAGAGACUAUGGGAAGUUAAACCUGAGACUGAUACGGUUUUUAAAUCUGAAACCGAGACAUUGGGUCGGAUCCGACACGGCAACAUCGUGAAACUGAUAAUGUGUUGCAGCGAUGAAGACGUAAGGCUUUUAGUUUACGAAUACAUGGAGAACGGGGCUUUGGGUGACUUUCUGCAUGGGGACAAGAGCGCUGGGUUACUGGAUUGGCCCAAGCGGUUCACGAUAGCAAUCGGCGCCGCUCAGGGGAUAGCUUAUCUGCACCACGACUGCGUGCCGGCUAUCGUGCAUCGGGACGUGAAGAGUAACAAUGUAUUGUUGGACGAGGAGAUGCGACCACGCGUGGCGGAUUUCGGAUUGGCUAAAAGGUUGCACAUGCAAGCCGGGAACCGUGACGGCGCCAUGUCUCGCGUCGCUGGGACACAUGGCUAUAUUGCCCCAGAAUAUGGAUACACGCUUAAAGUGACGGAAAAGAGUGAUGUGUAUUCUUUUGGUGUGGUGCUGCUAGAAUUGAUUACCGGGAAAAGGCCAAAUGAUGCAUCAUUUGGUGAGAACAAAGAUAUUGUGAGGUGGGUUACAGAGGCUGUUCUAUCGUCGUCUCGCGAAGAUGACAAUGGCUGCAAAAAUCUAGCUCAGAUUGUUGAUCCAAGGAUGAACCCAUCACCGUCUGAUUUCAAGGAGAUUGAGAGAGUUUUAAAUGUGGCUCUUAUAUGUACUUCUUCCUUCCCCAUGAACAGGCCUUCCAUGAGAAAGGUAGUUGAAUUGCUAAAGGACCGAAAGAAUGCUAAUAUGGCGACUUAG